UGGUUGGGGGGACGUUGGCUAAAACGGCUUUGGGGGUGAUGGAAGAUGGCACAGGGGGAGCGAGACAACCGCGGGUGAGAUGUCUGGGUGGGUGCCAGCCCUUGCACAGCUACGCCAAGCCCCCAGCCACCCAUUUCUGCUGCUGGGGUGGCAGCAAGGGCCAAAAAUAACCGUGCGGUGGCAUUCCCUGCCUCGCCCCCGCCGCACCCCUGGCGUCUGCAUGGGAGCACCUCCUCCCGCAUUUCCUCAGGAAGAAACCCAAGGCUGGCGGGAGGAAGAGGCCGCACCGCAGGAGGGACGGUACGGGACGGACGGGACAGACGGACGCUGGCGCAGGGCUGGGGAGCUGCUGGGAUUUGGGCCCUCGUGCCCCAACGCGAUGGGGAGCACCUGGCCCAUCCUCUGCCUCCAGCUGUGGCUGUGGGUGCAGAGCUCUGCCCAGGAGCUCGACCCCAAUGGCAGGAACGUCUGCAGGUUCCCCGCCGGCCCGGCGUGCUGCCCCGGCUGGAAGCAGGAAGGGCGGGAGUGCACGGCCGCACUGUGCGAGGGGGAGGACGCCUGCAGGGUGGACGAGGUGUGCGUGAGACCCGGGGUUUGCCUCUGCAAACCCGGCUUCUUCGGAGCAGACUGCAGUUCCCGCUGUCCCAAGCAGUACUGGGGCCCUGACUGCAAGCGGAGCUGCCCGUGCCACCCCAACGGGACCUGCGACCCGGCGAGCGGGCUCUGCACCUGCGACCCCAACCACUGGGGACGGCUCUGCCAGUUCCCUUGCCAGUGCGGCCCCCACGGCCGCUGCGACCCCCUGACCGGCGCCUGCCGCUGCGAGCCGGGCUGGUGGGCACAUACCUGCAAGAAGCAAUGUCAGUGCAACCCCGCCAGCUCCCACUGCGACCCGCUCACCGGCCACUGCCGCUGCCUGCCGGGCUGGUGGGGCAGGAGGUGCAGCUUCAAAUGCUCCUGCAACCUCUCGCCCUGCACCCAGGAGAACGGCAAGUGCGAAUGCAAGGCUGGGUUUUGGGGGCCGGCGUGCCAGUGGCGCUGCGACUGCUUGCACGGCUCCUGCAGCCCCCUCAGCGGGCACUGCAGCUGCAACCCCGGCUACCAGGGCAGGAGCUGCCGGGACCCCUGCCCGGCGGGGAAAUACGGGUCUCAGUGUGUGCACAGCUGUGGGAGCUGCAAGCGCAGCCAGCCCUGCUCACCUGUGGACGGCUUCUGCCUGGCCUGCCAGCCCGGCUGGAACGGGACCCUCUGCAAGGAGCCCUGCGUGCCCGGCUUCCACGGCGAGGACUGCCUCCAGCCGUGUCCCCGCUGCCGGCGCGGAGAGGUCUGUGACCCAGAGACCGGGUCCUGCCUGCACUGCGAGCCCGGCUGGAUGGGACCCAGCUGCAACAGCUCCUGCCCCGCGGGCACCUUUGGCGAUGGAUGCCAGUUCCUCUGCCCCGAGUGCGUUGCGGGGAGUUGUGACCCCACGUCGGGAGCGUGCAUCUGCCAGGCGGGCUACUGGGGAGCCAGCUGCAACGACACCUGCCCGGAGGGGUAUUUUGGAGUGAACUGUUCCUCACCCUGCCAGUGCUCCCGGGGGACCUGCCACCCCAUGGGGGGGAACUGCGUGUUGAGUCUCAAGGACCACGGGGCCCUUGCAGCUGCCAUCCUUGUCCCUCUCCUGCUGCUGCUGCUCUGCGUUGCCUGCUGCUGCUGCGGAGCCGGCCCAGCAGAUGCCAGAGACAGGGCGGCUGUGCCAGACGACGACGUGGUGGCCAGGAUGAAGCACCACGUGCGGGGGGUGCUGGCAAACCUCAGCGCUAUGAUGCCCUGCUUUUCCCUGGGUGGCUAUAAACUUCCCAAAGUCACAGUUUCCCACCACGACACGGAAAUCCCCUUCAACCCCAGCUUCAUCGAGCCGCCGUCAGCCACAUGGGUCUCAGACAGCUCCUUCUCCUCCUCCUUCGAGACUGACGAGGGACCCGAGUACUCCGUCCCUCCCAGAGAAGGUGUCCCGUUGCUGGGGGGGGCUGAGCUGCAGGGCGGGGGGUCCCCCCUCAGCGAGGCGCUCCCGGACCCAUCCGCCUUCGAUUCCGAGGAUGUCUCGCAGCCCUUCGCCAUCCCUCGCACCUCCAGCAUCGCCAAGGCCAAGCGGCCGUCUGUGUCCUUCGCCGAGGGGACGAAAUUCGGGGCGGCGGAGACCCCCAGCCCUGGACGGAAGCCCAAGACCCCAUGGGGCCCGUCCAAGCUGUCCCCGCCUCCGGGGGACACGGCAGCUGAGUCCCCGACUGACCGGCCGGCCAGUGAUUGCUACGAGAGCCCCGAGCCCCUUGGCAAGGGGGAGGAAAGCCACCGGCCAUCGCCCCGGGCCACCCCGGGGGGACGCCGGCGGGUGGUCUCCGGCACCAGGCACGUGGCCCAAAGAGUGGAAGCUCUUGAAGCGGCUGCAAAAUCCGGCAGCUGGGAGGCGAAGGGGAAGGAGCCCAAUGUCACCACCAUCUACAUGAUGGUGGGAACGGCCGGGCAGGACCCCAAGGCAGAGGGGGGUAGUGAGGGACCGGUCCAGGCCGUGCUCAAGCGGCUGGGCAGUUUGCAGAGGGGCAAGUGGGCUGCAAAGGAGGAGCCCAAGGUGAAGAGGAGCGCCGAGGCCAUCCAGAAACCCCCCCGCCGGGCCCUGGCGCAGCACAGAGACUCGCUGAAUAGCUGCAGGCAGAGGGAGAGCAUCCCGGAGGCUCCCGCCGAGCCAUCCCCUGGCAAGCACCAGCAUCUCCCUGGGAAGAGACAGUCCUUCCUUCUCUCGUCUCCCUCGCCAAAAAGCACCGGGGCUCAGGAUGGGGCUGGCGAUGCCGUGGAGAAGGGCAAAAGCCCUGAUUUAGUCCUCAGCCUCAAAAGGAAUGAUGAGGCUGCCCCAGAGGAAGAGCCGAAAUACGAGAAUGUGACCAGCGGCAGUGCCAAUUCACCCCCCGGCCCUGCUGAGGAGCCACUGGCCACCCCCACGGCCACCUGAGCCACCACCGCCUGGACUGGGCCACCGGGAGCCCAGGAGCCCCUGGGAGCCGAGGUCCCUCUCCGAGCCGUGAACUAGAGACACAUCGAGCCUCCCCGUCGACCCCCUCUCCUCCGCGCCGCCUUGCAGGCAGGGACCCUCGCUGGCCGGCACAGCCAGCGGGAUGGGUGAUGCCGAGAGCCGUGGCGGUGGCAGCCCCAUGGGGCUGCAAUGCUUCAGGGCUAUUGUCUGCCCCUCGCCACGUGCCCCGUUUUGUGUCUGCCGCAGCCCAGAGGGACAGCGAUGCUCUGGACGCAGCGGUGGCACCUCCUGGUCCCUGACAGCACUGGGCUUGGGGACACACGUCCUCAUAAACGGGACUGGGGCUGCUGAGGACUCUGCAGGGAAACGCACGGGCAGAAGCCAGUUUCACUCCAUCAGCUUUCACCUUUCCCCAUCCCAGCUCCCGUAAUGCUGCUCGGAGCGUCUUGCUGUAAAGGUGCUUCUCACUGGAGGGGAUUAUUUUGUGGAGCUGGGCUGGGGAGGGAUGAUGGGCCGUCACAAGCAGCUUCAGCGAAAAUUCAUUUUAGCUGCUUAUCUCAAAGGGUAUCUGGGUCUGCGGGGGUUCAUCUGCGUGGCUCUGGCUUUCCUGUCAGGCUCUGGCUGCUUUUGUUUCUACGGAGCUAUGCGUGUAGCAUAUGAAAAGGCUGGUGGCAUGGCACGGGGUUUAUCGACGGCCUUUUAAACUCUACGCGAUACCAAGCUGCAAUUGUGCAAGAGCAAACGUGGCAGCUGGGCCGUGACCAUCAACCUGUGCACCCAGCGCUGUGCUGGCCCUGAUAAGGACGAAAGCGGCACAGAAAAUGGCAUUUCUGCGGGUGCCCUAAGCUCCUGCCAUCUCCCACACCUCAUUCCUGCCGCGGCAUUGCAUCGUUACGGGUGGCUGAGAUGCAACGAAUGUGCCGCAGCAUCUCCAGCACAGCCAGAGGCCCUCGGGCAGCGCGGGCGAGUCGGGCACGAGGGCUCUGCCGCCCAUGCAGAACGGCUGAGAUGCCCAAGAGGACUUGCAGCAUGAACUGGUUUUAGAUGUAUCUAAGUGGUAGAAGUUUCUCGUAUAUUUUUCUCGUUUCGCGUGGCAUGAAAGCCUCUGAAUGAAAAUUAAAUGUUACCAAAGCCCUUCA